CAACUUCUCAGCAAAGGCAAACACUUUGACAAGAACAAUUCAUUAUUUAACUGGCUGUGAUUGUAUUUAAUGUGUGUUUGAUUAGUUUUUAUUUUUUUUUGUUUUUUUCCUUCCUGCUGUCAGAAUUCCAGUUCCACAUCACCAUGGCAAACUGGGAUCAGAUUUCAGGUUGUUUGUCUGCAGCAUGUUUCCAUAGUCACCAGUGUUUGCAUUAGUUGUUAAGUUGGACAGUGUGCGUGUGUGUGUGUGCUUGUGAAAACCUCUACAGCGGACUCUCAGACUUUAUUAAAAUGGUGAAAGGUGGAAAGCAUUAUUCUUCGAGCAAUGCUGGCAAAUGGUUUGCUCAUCCAGGUUUGCCAGAGAACGAGACAAAGACUCGUGAGGCCUGCACCAGCACUGGGAUCAUGCUGACUCAGGUGAAGUCAGCCCUGCCUCAUGCAUUCAACUUUGAGCGCUAUCCUAAAAGGCGAGCUCAGCAGAAGUCCAGAGAGUAUCCCUUCUCAGACCACGACAACAAGCACACUUUAAAAGACAACAUCUCCAUCUUCUCUCACGGUGUGGGACGGAGGAGGUUUCUUGAUGAUCGCAGACAGCACGACUCCCACUUCUGCCUGUGCCAAGACAGAGAUGACAGCGGCACCGAAGUAGCAAGGGGCAAUCUCACGGCCUACCAGGCUGACUUCAUGGUGAAGGAGGUUGUUGGCGUUCCAACAACAACCAGGCGGUUCACCCGCAACCACAAGCAGAAGUCUGCAGAGGCACUUAUGGCACGGGCAGGAGAGACAUUCAUGUGGUUCGGACGAAGCGACUCUGAGCGCUCAGAUACUCAGAUGCAAGUCCUGGCUGCAGCCAACAGCUCGGCAGCCUCCGAGCCAUGAGAUACUCCUACGUUUGAGGCACUGAUGGCAUCAUUCAGAGGACAUGGCAGUCCAGGGGGAGUCAAAUACAGAACGGAACUUUAAAACACAACUUAAAAGUUUCUCAUCUUUUGAGAACUCGGGAAGAAGCUGAAUCUAUAACAACCCUAGUAGAAAGGACAAAAGAUGGGCAGUAACAAUCAACUCAAUGUAAUACUGAAAGUGGUACUACAAGACAAUGCUCUUUUUAUAUAUAACGGUGCACUUAAUUGCGAAUAUACUUUUAUUUAUUUAUUUUAUAUACAACUACAGAGCACUCAAAUCCCAUCGUUCAUUUAAAGGAGCCCCUUCAAUGGUUUGACAUUGCAUUAUUUUUAUUCAAUUAGGGAAGUCACAAAAGACAGAUUUAAAAGGAAUCGUCAAAAGAAGAGAACAAGAUUUCUUUAUUUGAAAACUAAUAUCCAUAACAGCCUACAUUUCCCAUAAUGCAGUGUCUUUUCUUAUAGGCUCUUUUAUUUCCACGCUCAAAGAUUUAACCUAAAUAUAUUUUAAAGAAAAUGACUAGUGAAGUAGAAACAACAGUUGUGCUAAUGUCUACGUUUAUUAUAGAUGGGUCUUUGCGGUGUAAGGGCUAAAAUACUUCAUGAGUACUCCACUCCUCAGCUUUGCACUUACUAACUAGAAUCAGACUUAUCUUCUUCUAAUUUUUUUUUUUUUUGCACAUCUACUCCUUUCUUGUCAGAGCCUGUUGCCAAACUAAACCCACAAUACAACUCUUCAGGUGUCUCAUGUUGGGAAACCUCUAGCCUUAAGCAAAGAUGAAGAGCAGGCUGCAGAUGUAAGCUAGAGGCACUGCUUUUGAACUAACACCUCCAGAUUUCUUUCAUUUUUACAAUUAUGUUCCCCCACUAACUCCACCUAACGUUAUGUGUCGCUUACCCGACCAUAUGCUGUUGCCUCCCAACAAUAACGCGUCUCUUUUAAUGGUGCCUCAAAACAUCUUAGAUGAGCACACUUGAUGUUAGAUUUUGCCAAUUUUACUGUGUGUGUAAUACAGUGAGCACAGUGUUACUUACAGCAUACAUUAAGAACAUGUGUUAAUGGGAAGCAUCUACACUGGUGUGAAAAAAAGUGUUGCUAUUUCUUAUUUUUUGUAUGUUUGUUACACCUAAAUGUUUCAGAUUAUCAAAAAAAUAAAAAAAUAAAUAUAAGACAAACAUAACAGAAGUAGACACAUAAUGCAGUUUUUAAAUGAAGGUUUUCAUCACUAAUGUAAACCUGUCCAAUCUCAACAGGUUAGACUGACCACAGAAAAGAGACUCAGAUUUCUUCUUGCAUGACAAGCUAUUCUGCUCAAGCGGUUGGACUCUUCACCACCCACUCACACAUGAAGUCAGUGUUGUCCUGUGCAGCUUGACUGUAAACGCACACUACUCUUUUAUUCAAGUUCUUGAAAACAUAAUGUACCCACAGUAUUUUUUUUUAUCAUUAUUAUUUAGUGUUUAGCACAUAUAUCUCUUAUUUCUUUAUUACUAUUGUUUUGUAAAUCCCAUACACGCCUAUUAUAUACAUUUGUGUCAGCCACUGUGGAAUUGUGUAUCUUCACGUAUGGAAUGAUCGCUGGCACUACACUGUCUGUGUUUACUUGUGUUAUCUUCGACUGUUGUUUAAAUUAGUUUGAUGAUCUGAAACAUCCAAGUUUGACAAACAUGCAAAAAAAGAAAAAAAGAAAUCAGGAAAGGGGCCAAAACUUUGUCACGCCACUGUACAUGAUUCAUGGGUUGGCCAGCAGAGGGCAGCAGUUCUACACGAGUUCCGCAUUUGGACCCGCUGGAGUCGUUCAACAGUCGAGUUGUGAGAGAAAUGUAACAACCAAAGCCCCUGUGUAAUGUAAUGUGCAUGCUCUGCGAGAGAAAAUAAUUAGAAAAAGAAUCCAUCUAUUUUUAUUCGCGGCGUAUCAACAUGAAGACAUUAAGUUGGAGCAUGUGAAAUAAAUUAAGCUUGAUUUGA